AUGGCGGACCAGAUGGCAUAUCUCCUCUUUGGAGAUCAAUCACUCGACACACAUGGCUUCCUGGCCGACUUUUGCAGACAAGGGAAUCCGAGUAUUCUCGCAAAGACUUUCCUCCACCAAGCUGGCGACGCAUUGAGGGAAGAGAUCGACAGGCUGCCGCGAUUGGAAAGACAGAAGAUCCCUAUUUUCAGGACACUGCAACAAUUAAACGAGAAAUAUCACGCCCAAACGAUCAAAUGCCCAGGGAUCGACAGUGCGCUGCUGUGUAUAACGCAACUGGCCCAUUAUAUCGAUCGAUCCGAGAAAGAAUACGAGGAUGCCACCACGGCCAAUAAUACAUAUCUUUCCGGUCUAUGCACUGGUCUCUUCGCUGCGACAGCGAUCGCUUCGAGCCCGUCGCUAUCAUCGCUUCUUCCGAUCGCCGUUCAAGUGGUCUUGAUGGCAUACAGAGUUGGGUCCCACGUGGCCUCAUUAGCAGAUCGGUUAAGCCCUUCGGUUGAAAAGUCCGAGAGCUGGACAUUUGUUGUCCCCGGAGCCAAAGAAACAGAGGCCAAGUCUAUCCUCGCGGAGUUUCACGAGUCUGAGGGAAUUUCGCAGGCCGCCCAGGCCUAUGUAAGUGCUGUGUCCGCCAGUAAUAUUGCGGUCUCAGGUCCUCCAACAACGUUGAAGUUUCUUUUCAGCAAAGACUUGUUCGACUCGAGGCCAACAGCCAUUCCAGUGUAUGGUCCAUACCAUGCCGCGCAUCUUCACGCUUCUACAGAUCUAGAUAAGCUUCUGAAGCUAAAUGACCCGGCUGUGACUGCUGCCCUAACAGAAUCUAAGCCUCGCAGCCAGGUUAUGUCCUGCGUUACAGGCAAAGCUUUCACCGAGACCAAUACCAAGGCUCUAUUGAAGGCAGUCGUUCAUGAGAUACUGAACGAGCCGCUUUUAUUCCACAAAGCACUGGCGGGCAGUCUCCAUAAUGCUAGCGACUUCAAGGGAUCCAGAGUGCUGGUGAUUCCAUAUGGUCCCACUCAGGCCGCCAGCACGCUUGCGAAUUUGUUGAAGGCAAAGACAAAUUUGGAGGUCAUCCUCCGAUCACCACCACAGGUGUCACGUGAUUCUCAUGCUGCCUCCAUUGGCAAUCAUGGUUCCACUGGCAAGUGCAAACUCGCCAUUGUUGGAAUGGCCGGUCGCUUCCCAGAUGCCGCCAGUCACGAAAAGCUUUGGGAGCUCCUGGAAAAGGGAAUUGACGCUCAUCGCGUCGUACCCGCGGACAGAUUCCCGGUUGACACUCACUUCGACCCCACAGGAAAGGCGAUUAAUACCAGUCACACUCCAUAUGGCUGCUUUAUCGAGAACCCUGGUUUGUUCGACCCUAGGUUCUUCAACAUGUCGCCUCGUGAGGCCUUCCAGACAGAUCCCAUGCAGCGCAUGGCACUGACUACGGCAUAUGAGGCGCUGGAGAUGUCGGGAUACGUGCCUAACAGGACGCCAUCCACUCGAUUGGACCGAAUUGGCACAUUCUACGGUCAGACCUCAGAUGACUGGCGUGAGAUCAACGCCGCUCAAGAGGUGGACACCUACUACAUCACUGGUGGUGUCCGGGCGUUCGGCCCUGGGCGUAUCAACUAUCAUUUCGGCUUUAGCGGUCCAAGUCUGAACAUUGAUACUGCCUGUUCAUCCAGUGCGGCUGCUCUGCAAGUUGCCUGCACAUCACUGUAUGCGAAAGAGUGCGAUACUGCAAUUGUCGGUGGUCUCUCAUGCAUGACCAACUCAGACAUUUUCGCAGGUCUCAGUCGUGGCCAGUUCCUUUCCAAGAAGGGAAACUGUAACACAUUUGACAACGAUGCCGAUGGCUACUGCCGAGCUGAUGCUUGCGCCUCAGUCAUUGUUAAGCGCCUCGAUGAUGCACUUGCGGAUAAGGACCGAAUCCUCGCCGUUGUCCUUGGCGCACAAACGAAUCAUUCGGCUGAUGCCAUUUCCAUCACGCAUCCCCACGGUCCUACUCAGUCUGUACUUUCCUCUGCCAUUCUGGACGACGCUGGUGUUGAUCCCCUAGAUGUCGACUACGUUGAGAUGCAUGGUACUGGUACUCAGGCUGGUGACGGAACUGAGAUGGUUUCUGUUACCAAUGUUUUCGCCCCUGCCAACCGCCACAGAGCUGCUGACCGACCCUUGUACUUGGGUGCUAUCAAAUCAAACGUUGGCCAUGGAGAGGCUGCUUCUGGCAUCACGGCGCUUAGUAAGGUUCUCAUGAUGCUCCAGAAAAACUCUAUCCCACCUCAUAUAGGAAUCAAGGGAGAAAUCAAUAAAACUUUCCCCAAGGAUCUUGGCGAACGGGGUGUUAAUAUUGCGUUCCACAAAACUCCUUUCCAGCGCAAGGAUGGCAAGCCUCGCCGGGUCUUCGUCAACAAUUUUAGCGCUGCUGGAGGUAACACCGGUCUUCUCUUGGAGGACGGCCCUCGCUACAAGCAAGCGGAGACUGAUCCCCGCAGCGUCCAUGUCAUUACGGUCACAGCCAAAUCAAAGUCAGCUAUGAUCCGCAAUGCGGAGGGUCUGGUUCAGUGGAUGGAAGCGAAUACGUCAAUCCCUGUUUGCGACGUAGCUUAUACAUCAACGGCCCGUAAGAUUCAGCACUACUGGCGUAUGAAUGUUGCUGCUGGAAACCUAUCAGAGGCAGCUCAAGCUAUCAAAGACCGUCUCAAGUCCAACUUUGUCCCUGUGUCUCCAGAGCAACCAAAGGUCGCUUUCAUGUUUACUGGCCAAGGCUCUCACUACGCUGGUCUCGGUAAAGAACUCUACGCACACUUUUCAGUCUUCCGCGCCGCCAUAGAUGAGUACAACCAAUUGGCAAACAUACAUGGCUUUCCAUCAUUCCUGCCUCUCAUUGACGGUAGUGAGACAGAGGUUGGCAAGCUUUCGCCUGUCGUUGUUCAGCUUGGCCUUUGCUCGUUUGAGAUGGCGUUGGCUAAGCUUUGGGCGUCGUGGGGUAUUCAGCCCGGUGCCGUUCUUGGUCACAGCUUGGGUGAGUAUGCUGCUCUUAACGUUGCCGGCGUCUUGUCUGCGAGUGAUACCAUCUACCUCGUCGGCGCUCGCGCUCAGCUGCUAGUUGAGAAGUGUACGGCUGGGACCCAUGCAAUGCUGGCUGUUCAAGGCUCUGUCGAUACUGUCAAGGAGGCCCUUGGUGCUCGUGCAGAGUCUACCAAUGUAGCCUGCAUCAACGGACCGCGUGAGACUGUAUUGAGCGGAACCUCUAACGAGGUUGCCGAAAUUGCCGAACAGCUUGGCGGUGCUGGUUUCAAAUGCACCCAACUGAAGGUACCUUUUGCGUUCCAUUCUGCUCAGGUUGAGCCCAUUCUCGAUGAGUUUGAGAGUCUUGCUCGAUCUGUUAACUUUGAAACACCGAGGAUACCUGUCAUCUCCCCAUUAUUUGGAAAACUUGUGGACGAUGAGCCAAUUAACCCUACUUACUUGCGCAAUCACGCCCGCGAAGCCGUCAACUUCUUGGGAGGUCUGGUUUCGGCUCAGCAAUCUGGCAUGAUUGAUGAAAAGACAGUCUGGCUCGAGGUUGGCCCUCAUCCUGUCUGUGCCAACAUGGUCAAGGCAGCCUUCGGGGCUACCACGAUUGCUGUGCCCACUCUCCGUCGCAAUGAGGCCACUUACAAGACCCUUAGCAGCACGCUUUGCACUCUUCACUCGGCUGGUCUCAAUCUGGACUGGAACGAGUACCAUCGCGAUUUUGAUGCAUCUGUUCGCCUGCUUGACUUGCCUAGCUACUCCUUCGACUACAAGAACUAUUGGCUUCAGUACACUGGCGACUGGAGUCUCACCAAGAACCGCGGCGUACUAGCGGCUCCAGCCAAGGCCAUUGAAGCAGCUAAGCCCAAGCUUUCUACUACCACUGUCCAGAAGAUCACCAAGGAAGAGAUCAAGGGUGAUGUUGUCAUCAUUGAGACUGAGUCAGACAUGGCUCGUGAGGAUUUGCGACAGGUCUGUUCUGGCCAUCUUGUGAAUGGCACAGCUCUUACGCCAUCUUCGCUCUAUGGCGACAUGGCGAUCACCAUUUGCGAGUACGCAUACAAGUUGCUUCGCCCUGACGCCACAAAUAUUGGAUGUAAUGUCAGUCACAUGGAGGUGCCAAAAACUCUCAUAUUCGACACCAAGGCUAAGAGUCAAAUUCUUCACAUGUCUGCCAAAGCCAAUGCCGCGGAAGGAUUCGCUGAUCUAACCUGGACUACCGGUGAAGGUGCCUCAAAGAUUGAGCACGCCAGCGCCAAGGUCUUCUUCGGAGACAACGAGCAAUGGCUCGGCGAGUUUGAACGUGUUAGUUACUUGAUCAAAUCUCGGGUUGAAGCGCUCAAGGCUGCAGAGCAGCGGGGCGAUGCUUCCAAGAUUGGUCGCGGUCUUGCAUAUAAGCUGUUUGCUGCUCUUGUCGACUAUGACCGCCGCUACCGUGGCAUGGAGUCGGUCGUCCUCGAUAGUGAAACUUGUGAAGCCACUGCCAAGGUUGUUUUCCAAACAAGUCCCGAGGAUGGUACUUUCCACACAGCCCCUUACUGGAUUGAUAGUGUCUGUCACAUCUCAGGUUUCAUUCUCAACGGUUCUGAUGCCGUUGACUCGCGUGAGCAAGUCUUCAUUUCUCAUGGAUGGGGUUCCAUGAGGUUCGCAGAGCGCCUGUCAGCCGAUAAAACCUACCAAACCUACAUUCGCAUGCAGAAUGUCAAGGGCACCAAGAUGAUGUCAGGUGACGCCUACAUUUUCGAAGGCGACAAGCUCAUUGGUCUUGCUGGAGAUGUCCGUUUCCAGGCCAUCCCUCGCAAGGUCCUAAACAUUGUGCUACCUCCUCAAGGUGCCGCUGCUGUCUCUGCCGCGCCAGCUCGCGCUGCUCCAGCAUCUGCUAAAACCGCUGUUAAGCCUGCUACAAAGGAGAAGAAGCAGGUUACUUCAUCCAACUUGCCAGCUGUGAACAAGAAGCUGACUAAGAACUCCGUGGUUGUCCAGGUUAUGGAAAUUAUUGCCCAAGAGACUGGUGUUAGCCAUGACGAGCUUGCUGACAACAUUGCUUUCUCUGAUCUUGGCGUCGAUUCUCUCAUGGGUCUCACCAUUAGCGGUCGCCUGCGUGAGGAUCUCGAACUUAACGUGGACUCUCAUGCUUUCAACGAUCACGCUACGAUCGGUCUCUUCAAAACUUUUUUGGCUCAAUUCGAGACAUCAGAGACGAUCGUUGUUGAAGAGUCGACUGUCUCUAGCGGAUCUUCUGAUACAGCUGACAUGGAAUCCGACUCUGACGUGACCACACCUCCAGAUGAUAGCGAUAGAGGCUCUGUCAAGGGCGAUGCUUCCGGUGAAUCCAGUCUUGGCGAACUUCAAGAUAUUGUUCGCUCAACCAUCAGCGAUGAGAUGGGUGUCGAAGUUGAAGAGAUUAUCGCUGCCCCUGAUCUGGCUGCCCUCGGUAUGGAUUCUCUUAUGAGCUUGUCCAUCCUCGGCAUUCUACGGGAGAAGACUGGUCUAAAUAUCCCUUCUGACCUUCUUGGCCAUAACCCUUCGCUGAAGGAUAUCGAGAAAGCUUUGGGUAUUGAAAACAAGCCUAAGCGUGCCGCGCCUGCCUCCAAGCCAGCAGCCAAGUCUGUCAAAACCGUGGUGAAAACUCAAACUGCUGUGAAGGUCCAAGAGGUCGUGGUUGACGCCUAUCCCCACCGCAAGGCCACCUCAGUCCUGCUUCAAGGCAAUCACCGUACCGCCACCAAGCAGCUGUUCAUGAUCCCUGAUGGAAGCGGUAGCGCUACUUCAUACACGGAGAUUUCAGAGAUUGGGUCAGAGGUCGCCGUUUGGGGCCUCUUCUCUCCAUUCAUGAAGACCCCGGAAGAGUACAAAUGUGGUGUCUACGGAAUGGCCACCAAGUUCAUCCAAGAGAUGAAACGUCGUCAGCCUGUGGGUCCUUAUGCUGUGGCUGGCUGGAGCGCGGGCGGGGUCAUUGCUUACGAGAUUGUGAACCAGCUCACGAAAGCCAACGAGGAAGUUUCCAACUUAAUCAUCAUUGACGCUCCUUGCCCUGUCACUAUUGAGCCGCUUCCUGCUGGUCUGCAUGCUUGGUUCGCAUCUAUCGGUCUGCUUGGCGAGGGUGAUUCUGUUGCGGCCAAGAAGAUCCCUGAGUGGCUACUCCCUCAUUUCGCUGCUUCAGUCACGGCGCUGUCCAACUACACUGCCGAUCCAAUCCCAGCCGAUAAAUGCCCCAAGGUUACUGUCAUUUGGUGUGAGGAUGGUGUGUGCAAACUCCCAACCGACCCUCGACCUGACCCUUACCCGACAGGUCACGCCCUCUUCCUCCUGGACAACCGCGACGACUUUGGCCCUAACCGUUGGGACGAAUACCUUGACACUGGCAAGAUGUCCUUCCACCAUAUGCCGGGUAACCAUUUCUCCAUGAUGCACGGCGACGCAGCCAAGCAGCUUGGAAGUUUCAUGCGCAGCGGCAUGUCUUCAUGA